AAUGGCGCGACGCUUUAUACGCAGAACUUUCGAGAUCCGAUACGGAAAGCUAUAGUGGAUCAGAAGAUCGAGCCGAAAGGUCACAACGACUCGUGGACGUGGAUGAUGAUGGAGGAUGGGGUUCGACGCCUCAAGACUGAAUUGUUCGCGUUUCACGGGGAGGUGGGCAGCAUAUACGAGAUAAUGCAGAAAACGUUUCUGGAGGAGGAGAAGUGCGGUAUCAUGGAGAUGGAUAUACUGAACAUGCGAUAUCCUCUGAUGGUGAUCCAAGCUCGAUCGCCGUAUUUCGAGAUCAUCAAGAACACGGCCCUUUUGUUGCGCGAGACUGGUCUGAAAUAUCGCGACGACAACCGACUGUACGUGAAAAAGCCCAAGUGUAACGGACAGACGAGCUUCGUGAGGAUAGGAUUCACCGAGUGCUACUUCGCGAUAGUCGCCAUGUGCUACGGGACCUUGCUGAGUCUCGUCGUGCUUACGGCGGAGCUCGUCUGGCACAGAAACGCGGAAUCGAUCGACCGAGCUGUCCUAACGUUCGCCUCCAACGUGCCGUCGUUUCGAAUGCCGUGUGACGGUGACGCGUCGGUGCUUCGAUCCUCGGCGUCUUCGACCGGCAUGUCGUUGUUCAAAACGAAGGAAUGGUGGCGAACGAGGUGCGGGGCGAACGAAAGCUUCGAUAGACACAGCUUGCUGGUAGCUCCGUUCUUUGGAAACGAAAGGAAAGACAUUCUAGUAGUGGGAAGUCACGAAGGUUACCUGAGGAUGUACAGUCCGACGUCGCAGUGGGUGGACGAAACCAAGUCACCGAGCAACUACAAAUCCACGGACCUGAUGAUCGAGACUCGGAUCGACGAUUGCAUCGUGGACAUGAAGGCGGGGAAAUUCGUUUCAGGAUCGCAGGAUCUACGCCUGGCAGUGUUGUCGGCUUCCAAGUUGCUGAUUUACAACGUGGCUCUGGUCGACGAAUCCACCGAAUACGGGGAUCGAUGCGAGCUGAAGAUGGCUUACGAGCAUCAACUGCCAAAGUUUCCGGCCUCGCUGACCACGGGGCCGUUCGGCGGCGUCCGUGGCAGAGACUUUCUCUGCGUUCAGUGCCUGGACGGGACGUUCCUGUUCUACGAGCAAGAGAUGUUCGCGUUCAGCCAGUUGCCGAAGAAUCGCUUACUAGCCGAGCCGAUCGUCUACGUCGCGCGGAACGAUCUCUUCGUCACGGCCAAUUCCUCCUGGUUUCUCGAGUGUCACAGGCACGUUCCAACUAGUCUCGUCGCGUUGCUUAGGUACCAGAGCAUGGCGGAAUGGUCGAGAAAGAAGGAACAGGAGCCAGAGAACGGGAACGGGGAUGAGCGACGCGAUCAGCCAGGACUGACCGGUACAAGUUUGGAGCCGGAUUGGACGUACAACAUCGGGGAAGCGGUUCUAGCCAUCGAGGCUGUCACCCUGAGCAGCUUCGAGGUGGGAAUCGUGGUGCUCGGCGAGAGACAUCUCUUCUGUCUGAAGGACAAUUGCGCGUCGGUCAAGUACGCGAAGAAACUCGAGUACAAGCCGCUCUGUUUUCGACCUUACGUGAUCGAACCGGACGGGAAGCUGAUGGUACUGGUGAUCGCCGACACGAGCACACUGAUGAUUUACGAGGGCAGCACGGUGAAAUGGUCGGCGCAGCUACCUUUUCCACCGGUCACCGUCGCCCGAGUUCAGCUUGAGCACUUGCAAGCCGCGAUCGUGGUCUUAUCGGCCGACGGUCGUCUGGAGGCCUGUUACCUGGGCACCGAGCCGAGCCUCUUCGUCGCGCCGCCCCUUCAUCCGCGCGGUUACGAUUACGCGGACGCGGAUCGCCAGCUCUCGGAGCUGCGUGCCGCCUCCGCGAGACGCAACGACUCGAAAGACGACUCGCAAGACGAUCGAACCAGCGACGCCGGAGUGGACGCGGAGCUGAUAGUGUCGGUGAGCGUGUCGCUGGACUCGGAAUCGCCUGGCGGUAACGCGUCGCACGGUACGCGACGUUCCGAAGACGACGCCGCUCAGCAUCCACCCGUCUGUAACCUCUCGAUAGAGCUGUCCUCGUACGCGAUCCUUCGAGAUGUCCAAGUCUGCGUGGACGUUUGCAAACCGUUGGUAGCGACCGACCAUUUCCACGUCCUUCCGAAUCUCUGCGAACGACACGUGGCCAAGACCGCGGUAUACGUGGACGGAGAUUGGCCAGCGUUCUCUUCGGCGGUUACCAUUACCGUGAGUUACCGGACGGAUGCCGGGGUGCUACGAGCGCUGAGAAGAAGCAGCCAAUUACCGCUCAAGACCAUGCUGAGAAGCUGCCCGCCCGAGACCACGUCCUCGUUCGUAACCGUGAUGAAGAGCAAGGCACCUCUGCUCACCUUCGCCCACCUGUUUCCCGAGUUCAGCGCGGAUCAGUGCCAGAGGCAAGGAUGGAACGCGCUGGGUCUGCGACACGUGCUCUCUGGCCAAACGGUCACCGUGGUUUCCGGCAAUGCCAGCAAUCGCUAUCGCGUGCAGUCCAACGACGGAUUAUCCUCCAUCUUGGUCUUGCAUCGGCUGAUCGAGAGGUCCACGGCCAAGAACGAGGGUAGUCUCGCGACCAGCAUCGGACAGAGUCACAUAAGAUCGAUGCAUCAACGGAUAGACGAUCAUUUUCGCGUUCGACGAGAGAUCGAGAGGAUAACGGACGAGAUCGGCCUGCUGACCAGCCAGCUGAGAAACAUCGAGAGGAAGAUGCUGCGAGCGGUGAGGGGAAGGAACGAGCGAUCUCUGGCCGACACCGAGCUACCGUUCCUCUUCGACUCGACCUACGGCGCGAUCUUCGCGCUGCUCCAGGAUCUCGCGAAGGCUCGAGCGGAACGGGAGCGAACUGGCCACGAGGUUCGAUGCAGCGUCGAGCUGUCGUUACUUUUACUCCGGACCAACUUGACGGAGGACGAGUGCGCGGCGUUGAGGGCAGCGAUCGGGUUCGAGCCACGACCCGCCGACCGAUUCGACUGGGAAGAAAUCGCCGACGCCGGACUGACCACCUUGCUCGAGUACCUUUCGAGGAAGACCGGCGUCACCGAGUCGAGAUCGUCCAAGUGGAACAAGCUCACCCCCAUCGCGUCCUCUAAGGAACUGACGAAGCUGAAGACGCGUCUGGUUCACGCGAUCGAGCGGCUGACGGGCAACCGCGAAUCCGACAUCGCGGAGAUCGAGCCUGGCGACGGCAACGAUCUCGCCUCGACCUAACCAUCUCGAUUCCUCCUUUAUUCUCGUUCGUUCCUCCUCGCGGUGGUACGUCGCGAAGGCAAACGCGAUCGAGAGUAAAAAUCGUCGUGAUCGGCGGCGGCGGCGAGGCCGAGGACGCAAACGAAGGGGAAGAUGAGGACGCA